AUGGCUCCAGUCAAACACCGCAAGGUUGUGAUGCUGGGAUACCCCUCAGUCGGUAAAUCUUCUCUGGCUAUCCAUUUUGUUAAAGGGAAUUUUCCCAAAGACUAUGAACCUACAAUUGAAAACACUUGGAGCAAAACUUUUGUUUUAGGGUCUGAUGAGUUUGAGUUGGAUGUGGUAGACACUGCUGGCCAAGAUGAAUACUCGUUACUUCCUCAAUCUUUCAUUUUUGGCAUACAUGGUUACAUUGUAGUCUAUUCAGUGGCCUGUUCUAGAAGCUUCCAGAUUGCACGUGGGCUGCAUAGAGUUUUGGUUGAUUUACGGGGAAAGGGCCUCAUGCCGAUUGUCCUUGUUGGAAAUAAGAAUGACCUUCCUGCUCACAGUCGAGAAGUGAAAACUGAAGAAGGGAGAAAGCUUGCAGAGUCUUGGGGAGCAGCAUUCUUGGAGGUUUCUGCAAAGAGUCCUGAGGAUAGUAAGCAGAUCUUCACCAAAAUAAUUGAGGAAAUUGACCGUGUGGAGAAAUCCUUCAGUGAUGAGAAGAAAUGCCGUUUCAUGUGAAAUGAAGGGUGUUGACCUUGUUGCUUCUUUUUUCACGUACACACAAUGGCUGUUCAGAAACGGAUUUGGCCAUGUUUGUAUCCAUGUAUAUUUUGGAUGAAUGUGUGAGAAUAUAUUCUGCAGCAGAGCCAAUGCAAUCCUAUUGGACAUGGUGGAUGACCUUUUCUUUGCGUGUCCGUACACCCUCCCUUAAAACUGGGAUUACCACAUUACAGGGCAUGUUCUGCCCAAACUUGCCUGAUUUCUUUUCAGCACAUAACAUUGAAGUGUUACAAAAGAGCAGAUACUGACACUGACUGCUUCUGCGAUAAUGGGGCCUUAAAGACCUGCUUGAUCAGUUUGCACAAAACUGCCAGCAAUG